AUGGCGACAAAACACACACUUACCUUAUCUGAAAAAGUGCAAUUAAUUCGUGAAAAUGAAAAUAACACUUCUUAUCGUACACUUGCUGAUUAUUACAAGAUCUCGAUCGGUAGUGUGCCAAAUAUUAUUAAAAGCAAGGCAGAAUACAUCGAAAAUUACGAACAUAAUGAAAACUCAACAAAGAAACGCAACUUUCGAGAUGAAUUAAAUCAACAACUUGAUCAAAAAGUUUACGAAUGGUUCGCAAUUCAGCGUAGUAAGAACAUUCCUAUCUCAGGUCCACUCAUACAAGCACAAGCCCGAGAAAUUCGUCGACAACUGGGUGGUGCGAAUCCUGAUGAAUUUAAGGCCAGUAAUGGUUGGCUUGAAAAAUUCAGAACACGUCACAACAUACAAUAUCGAACCAUAUGUGGAGAAUCUGCAGCAGUGGACAUUGCAACUGUUGAGGAAUGGCGAGAUCGACUUUCAUCAAUCAUUGAUGAAUACGAUCCCAACGACGUUUACAAUGCUGACGAAACUGGCUUAUUUUUCAAAGCUUUACCUAAUCGUUCGCUCGUCACCGUGAAAGAAACUUGCAAGGGUGGGAAACGAUCCAAAGAACGUUGCACCGUUCUUCUUUGCACGAACAUGACAGGAGCCGACAAGUUACAGCCGUUGCUAAUCGGCAAAGCGGCAAAACCACGCUGUUUUAAAAAUCUGAGUAUGAAACAAUUACCUGUCAUAUGGCGGUGGAAUCGUACAACUUGGAUGACUGCUAGUCUGUUCGGUGAAUGGCUUGCUAGUAUAAACAACAGCAUGAUCAAGCAAAAUCGUAAAAUCUUAUUAUUCAUCGAUCAUGCUCCUUGCCAUAAUUCCGAUACUCAAUAUUCCAACAUUACUCUUACAUUUUUUCCUCCUAAUACAACUUUAAAGCUGCAGCCUUUGGACCAGGGAAUUAUCAAAAAUUUCAAGUGUUACUAUCGGCAACAGCUUGUUAAACAUGUAAUAUUAAGCUGUGACGUUGCCAAUUCAUGUGAUGAUAUUGUCAUCACAGCUCUUGAUGCGGCUCACUGGACAAAAAACGCUUGGCAAGCUGUUACACAAUCGACAAUUUGCAAUACAUUUCGUAUGACAGGUUUCGCCAAUCCAAACACUCAAAGUGAAAGCAGUGAUACAAUGAUUAAUAAUAGCGAUGACGACGUCGCAACAGCUAUACAAGAUUUAGAUACACUUCUUACUCAUAUCACCAUCGGUGGACUUAGUCUUACUGCUAAUGAAUUCAUCGAAAUAGAUUCAGAAACUCCAGUUUUCAACGAAUGGAACGAUAUCAAUGAUAAUCUGAUUGCCGUCGAUGCAGACUGUGGUGAUAAUAUAACCACAGAUAACAACGAAGAUGACGACAUGCCAACUGAAGCACCACCUAAACUCAUCGAAGCAAUGUGCAUGGUUCGGCGACUACACGUUUUAGCUGCAACUCAACAACCACAAUUACAUACACUUAUUUCUCAAUUGGAUUCGCAACUCACUCAACUUUUCAUCGACUCAAAAGGAGUCAAGCAAGCAACAAUUAAAGACUUUUUUCAUAAAAAAUGA